AUGGUACCUACAGGUGUUGCAUUAAUAGAAAUAGUGGAAGAACUUAAGAAAAGCUGCAAAGUUGUAGAGAUAAUAGUUGAAUAUGUUGUUUCAACAGAAGGGGAAAGCUACAGUGUUCACUUUAGCGUGAAUUCGAGGUACUCAAUGUACGGGGAGUUUGAAUCUUUAGAGAAAGCUAUGGAUCUAAGCGAUGCAAUUGUUAUUAGGGGCCGAAAGUCUGAUUGAAUCAUGCUGCCUCACUCUACUGUGGAGUUUGCCAACAGAUUGGGCAUAAUGACAAGAGUCACGACAGAACAGCAUUGAAAAGAGAAGAGCGUAGCCAGAGGGAAAGACUGUUAA